GAAGUCACUGAGGGGCCAAUUAAAAAGGCUAAUCUAUUGAUUGAAAUAAGUGAUACUGGAAUUGGUAUUGGCCCCGAAUUUAUGCAACAUGUUUGGGAGAGUUUUUCGCAAGGUGAUAAGUCAAUAAACAGGAAACAACAAGGCACAGGACUUGGUCUUUUAAUCUGUAAAAAACUAGUAGAAAUUAAUGGUGGUGAAAUUAAAGCAGAAAGUCAGUUGGAAAAAGGAAGUAAAUUUUGGUUUACUUGGAAUGUCGAAUUAUUAUUACCUGAAAUUUCAGAGUUCCAAAAUGCUUCGAUUAAGAUAUUAUUUGAUGAACAAAUAAGUUAUGUUUUACCAUAUGCUGUGAGAUUAAACCGGUUGUUAAUAGUUCACCCUGUCAAAAGUGUAAGAAAUGCAAUGGUAAAAUUUCUUGAAAAGUCUGAAAAGGUUGACGCGUUUGAUACCUUUGAUAAAGCUAUUCAGGAAGCAAAAAGUUAUAAACAACUGUAUAAACGAACCUAUGAUGUAGUAUUCAUCAGUCUUUAUGAAAAAAAUGAAAAUGAGGUCAUAAAAGCCGUGUCAGAAUUAAAAGAAGUAGAAAAGAAUAAUUUAUCAAUAAUCCUGAUAUCAUUUCCAAGUAAUACAGGAAAAGCGUUGGCAGAAAAAUUAGUUAGAAAAAUUGGUGGUCAAGCUACUAUCAUUUAUACACCGAUUACAUGGAACAAACUAGUUAAUCAAUUUUCGCAUAUAAUGAAUAACAAAGUCUUCGAUAGUAAUCGUAAUAUUGAGAACUUGUCUGUAAGUAAUCAUAACGAUAACAAUACAAAUAAAGAAGUUGCAGAUUAUGGUCAAGAUAACCAUGAACGCAUAACUUCUGAGAAC